CUUGAAGUUAUGUAAAAAAAAAAAAGAACCAACAAAAUAAUUUCAGCUGAUCGUAAGACAAUAAUAAAAUCAUAAUGUUCUAACGUCGGUCAUAAUAUUUACUAAACAUAAUUAUAGAUUUGUAUUAAUUGACAUAAAGGAAUCAAAAUUCUGAUGUAUCAAAUUGACCUUAUAGGGCUAAUUAAGAGGCUUCCAGUCAUAUCAAAAUAAAUUAUUUAUCCAUCCCUAACCAUACAAUAAACUGUUCAUCCGACUUAUAAGGAUUGAUAGACUUAAUACAAUUAUUAGAAUAUAAAAUAAUAUAGGUAUCAAAUAAUCUAAUGCCUUAAAAAUAAAAUAAAAAUGAACCAUUAUAGAUUUAGAUAAUAUGAACGUAAGAUAACACAUUAAUGAAAUAAUACAAAAUGCUGUCUAUAGUUGACACCAAACACAGCGAGUCACGUUUCUACGUGUACGUUACCUGUGUAGGUUACACGCAUUGUGAUUGGAUGUUCCAUCCCGUCUAAAUGGGCCCCAGUCGUAGUCCCGAAUCACAUACGGGUAUGAUUGGUAUACUGUGAGAUGGCUGAGAUAUCAUUUCGUCCGUCGUAUUCGGGUCGGGUUUGGGUUCGGAUAGCGGAUUCGGGUUUUCGCAAAGGAUAAAGAUAACCCGUUGGCUUAUACCUCGCAACCAACCAUGGCGCGAGAUUCGGCCUCCGAUCGGCUUCGCUUCUUCCUCGCCGAGGAGCGAAUGGACGCGCCGUCGCCCCAACCUAGCGGAGCUUCUCAGCCUCCGCUCACGAUGACGCCCGUAGCGUUGUCACUCUCUCGUUUUCUCUUUCCGUUUCGAUUAGACGAGACCGCGAAAUGGGAGAAGAUAACGUAUGCUCUCGAUCUAUAACCUCUCCGAGGGUCAUCAUCACGGCGAAGAACCCCAGCUUUUCCUUAUCUGCACAUUCGCAACAAGGAAUUCCUUUGGGGUCCUGACGGUCUCUUUGAGAAGAAAGCAUGCUGAUCACUGACAGCUCCUCUGUGUUUAAUUUUCUUGUUAAAAGAAAUUUUCCACACAAAAUGGAAGCACAAAAACCUCAAUCUGAAAAGCCGCGGUCAGUUGAUCAAGCCAUGGCCUCAUGCAGAAAGAAGAAAUCGGAGGAAGCUAGCUUUUUGGAGGAUCUGAGAGACCAUAUGGACGAAUUCAUUAAUGCCUCUAUGGAUGAGCACAAAUCUUGCUUUAAAAAGACUAUCCAAAAGAUGUUUGGAAUGUCAAAGAGUGUUGCACAGAGGACUUCAGAAACCAAAGAAGUCGAAAGUUCUGUGCCACUUGAGACCACCGUGGUUCAGUGACUGUGGAAGGUGCUUCUGCUUCUGUUACUUCCUGCACGACUAGUAAUAGUUUUGGAUUGCUGGUUUAUGUUCUGCACAGCUCUAUUGUUUAGAAGAUAUACAUUAGUAGAUCUGCAGUCAUUUCUGAUAAAAUGUUGGCUCCCACUACUGUACAAAUUCUGUCAUAAAUUUUGUGGUUUUCAUGGUUUUAUAAAUAAUGUUAAUAUAUUUAUAUAACAGAAUAAAAGUUUAUAUUGAAAAUA